AUGAAGGAGUCCGAUCACGCUAGACAUGAUUUCAGUUCUGGAGCUCAAACUGGAAUAAAGAAGAGAAUGAGGAGAAGCAAAAGUGGUUGUGAAAGUAGAUUUAUCGAGAUGCCACCACCACACCACCCUCCACAGCAUCCACCCGGCCAACCGCCGCCGCCGCAUCACCCGUCAGGACAUCCACCACCACCCCAUCACCCACCAGGGCAUCCGCCUCCACCGCACCUAGCACCCGGACCUUCCCCGCCACCACACCACCCACCGGGUGCACCGUACCAU